AGAGAGAGGCGGAGAUAAAGUAAUAAAUACAAAUAGGCCUAUUAUUAAUUAGGUCAAUGUAUAAUUGUUUCAAUUGUUUCGCUUUUAGUUGUCUGGCAAACAUUUAUGAUGUAGCAAAACCGGAAGAAAAACAAAUAGCGGAAGAGGUCUACCAGACUGAUCUUUUGACAUCGCUGUAGAGUUUAUCAAACCCCGAAUUGGUUAGAGAGGACUGUUUCAGCAUACCCUCGGUGCAUUGACAACACAACUUUCAUGAAAGAGGUUUAACUUCACUGCAGAGGGAUUCCGAUGGAAGGCUUUCACAUUACCGUAAGAACAUCCGCUCUACCACUUGCUGGUUCCUACAGCAUUUUGCAUGUUUCCUUGAUCAGCACCCAGGGCAAGAUUGUAUCCGAUGUCCUAGACCAUGCGGAAAGCCACCUGUUACCUGGUUCGGCUUUCACAAUCUUAGUUGGAGGAAGUCAUGAUGUGGACCAGGUGGCUCUGGUCCGCUUACGCCUGGAGGUCCGGCCUGGAUUUCCCGACCUGGACUGGCAUUGCCAGUGUGUUGAGGUAAAUCAUGGUCCUCGAGUUCAAGUCUUCCCCUGCCACAGGUGGCUGCAGGCGGCUGAUGGUGAUGUUGAACUCCGCAGUGAGGAUGUUUGUAUGGUGAAUAGGGAAAAAGUAGAUGUCCUUAAGGAGCACAGGACACGAGAGCUGAGCACAAAACAGCAGCACAUUAGGUGGCAUACCUUUGCCGACGGAGUACCCCGCUGUGUGGAUAUGCAGACUCUGAAACCCCUUGGACCAAACCUGAGUUCCACACGUCAGAGUCCAGGCACUAAUUUGCACUAUCUAAGGGGGUUUACGGAACGGAAAGAUCCAUGGGGAAGCUUCAAAGAGAUUGAACAGUUUUUCAUGCAGAAUGGAAGUGGAAAUUCUGUUGCCAUGUAUGUUUGGUCCCACUGGAGAGAAGAUGCCUUCUUUGGAUAUCAAUGCCUGAAUGGCUGUAAUCCCCUUCUGGUCCGACAGAUCCACAGCAUCCCCUGCAUCCUGUCAGUCACCCCAGAGUUAGUCCAGCCCUUCCUCCCUGAGGGAUCUUCUCUGGAGCUGGAGCUGGAGAGAGGGAAAGUGUUUCUGCUGGAUUAUGAAGUUCUGGAAGGUGUGCCACCAAAUGUCAUCAAUGGGAAACAGCAGCAAUUGGCCACUCCUCUGUGUCUUCUGCAUGCUUCUGCAGAUGGAAAUCUAAAACCCAUUGCCAUUCAGCUCCAACAGAAGCCCAGCUCAGAAAACCCAGUGUUCCUGCCAUCUGACCCUCAACCGGAUUGGUUGCUGGCCAAAAUGUGGACUCGCUGCGCAGACUUCCAGUGUCACCAGCUCAUCUCCCAUUUCCUUCGCACUCAUCUACUGGGAGAGGUGUGCUGUGUCGCCACCCUGAGGCAGCUACCAGAAGUGCAUCCUAUUCAUAUGCUUCUGAUGCCACAUGUUAGGAGUUGUCUCCAAAUCAACAUUCAAGCCCGGGCCUCCCUACUGGCCCCUAACGGGGUAUUUGAUCGGUCCAUAGGUUGUGGCCUGAACGCAAUCCCAGUUCUACUGGCACAUGCCACGGCUAGGCUGCGUUAUCACACUCUGUGUGUUCCAGAGGACCUGAAGGCAAGAGGAGUGGAAACUCUGCCAAACUACUACUAUGCCCAAGAUGCACUGAAAUUGUGGAACGCUCUUCACAGGUUUGCUACAAGGUGGGUGGAUUUAUAUUACCAUAGCAACACUGAGGUCGAAGAGGACAGUGAGUUGCAGAGCUGGAUCAUGGAAAUUUUCACAGAGGGCUUUCUGGGGAACACAGAAUCCGGAAUGCCACAGUCAUUUGAGAGCAAAGAGGAGCUGAGCAAGUUCAUCACCAUGGUGAUCUUCAGCUGCUCAGCCCUGCACGCUGCCGUUAACUUCUCUCAAUUCGACUUCAACCUGUGGAUGCCAAACUGUCCGGCCUCCAUGUCCAGGUCACCUCCUCAGUCUAAAGGCUCAGUAAAGGAGGAGGACCUGGUGACCUUCCUGCCAGAUGUCAACGCCACCUGCAGCGUCCUCACCACCCUCGCCCUGCUCUCAGAGCCAGGUGUCAACUUUGUGCCCUUGUGUCAGUACAAUGAGCCUUACUUCAGCAAUGACGCCCACUGCAGGCUGGUUGAAGAGGUGCAGAAGGAACUGAGCACAAUAGGGGCUGAAAUCUCAGAGAGAAACAGCAAGAUGGAGCUUCCCUACAGUUAUCUCUCUCCUGAUCGCAUUGAGAACAGUGUGUCAAUCUAAAGCAAGAUUAGAUAGGAAGAUUUUAUUUCUGCACACAUAGCUUAGCAUCAGAGGGCCCUUACACUUUACAGCUUUCUUUCUGUACUUCAUGUCAAACAAUUCCGAUACCUUCCAUGUUGUUACUCAUCUGUCCUUGCUGACCAGUGGCCCUACCAACAGUGCAUUCAACCACCUGGCAUAAAUAUUUACUUAUGUAGGGAUCUUUUUUUUUUAAACGAGCUCUCUUUCUAAAGGAAUACAGUGUGUUGCCAAACUGCGCUAUUAGUCACAAGUAAUUUUUUAUUUAUUUGCAUUUCAUUGGUCAGUAAAAAGCAAACCCUUUAACUUUACAUAAAUAUGUUCAACUUCUGCAUAUGCUAGUACAGACCGCAGUACAAGAAGAGAACACCACCAGCAGAGGCAGUGAUAUUUAUUAGAAAGGAGGUUUUCUGAAAGCAGUACAGGUAAUACAGUAGAUAAUAUUUAAGAUGUUUUUGCAAAUGUUUUGUCUCAUAGAUAUAGCCAUUAGUAGAAAGUUAAUGUAGUCAUACAAGUCAUUUAUUUACAAAGACACUUGCGUGUACAAGAAUGAAAUACUGGUACAUUAUUCUUAAGAGCCACAGAAAAAGCACUGGCAUAAUAAUAUACCAUUACCCAUGCCUUGUUUUAGAAAACGGUUCAUAUCAUUGCUUUGACCAUAAACAGCAGAAGAAGAAAAGGAGUUGUUGUUUUCUUGAAGUGAAGAAAGGCAGCACUGUCUCCUAGAUUCUUUUUUGUACACAAAUAAAAAGGCUUCAUAAAACAAAA